AUGAAGAUUCUCGAGGCCCAGGCCGCCGUCCUCUCCAACUACGAGGUCUACCAGCAUGCAGCUGACCAAAAGGACCGGUACAAGAAGGCCAAGCGUCGUGGUCCACCCAACAUGGAAACUGUCGCUCGUGAAUUGCUCCAGUAUCUUCGCACCAAGCCAAGCCCCCUCUGCCAGACGCCCAUCACCUACACGCCAUCGUGCAUCAAGACGCUUAUUGAGCGCCUUCAGCCCUUUGAGCUGUCCAAGGGCGAGGUCGUCAUGAUUCUCAACCUGCGCCCUUCCUCCGUUGCCGCCCUCAACACCGUUCUCGAAGACAUGGGCGACCGGUACACCGAAACAGAGCAAGAGGACCUGGUCUCCAUCAUCUCCGAAGUCCUGGGCCAGUUUGAUGAACCAGAGGGGCACGAGGCUGCGGAAGGGGACACCUCCAUGCAAGACAAUACAGAAGCCUCGUGA